GCCCCCUUCCUCUCUCCUCCCGUGUCCCCCCCUCGAGUGAUGGCGGAGAUUGCGGUGCCGGAUACGGAUGAAGAGCCGCCGCACUCGAGCAGUCCCAAGCUUGCCAGAACAGAUGCCGGGACUAGUGGCCGUCGGAAGGAUAGGAAUGAGCCCAUCACCAUUGGUGAUCUUCAGGCCCUGCUUCAGCAGCAAAGUGAAAAUAUCGCUAGGACCCAAGCUGUCGAAAUCCGCGGGGCCGUGGCAGAGUUGCGCGAGGCUACCCUUCAAGAGUUCCGUGGUAUUCGCUCAGAGAUGACCCGUCAUGCUGACUGCAUCUCGCAGUUGCGCGACCAGGGGGAGAAGCUGGAAGCGAGGGUCCUCGCAUUGGAGGCCCGGAGAGAUGAAGGAAGCACUACCUACAUAGGCUCCAAUGCGGCCGAGGGGCAUCAGAAGAACUUGGUCAUCCUGGGUGGGUGGGAUGCAGACACGCAUCGCGAUGACUUGCUGCCAGAGCUGCGGGAGAUGUUGACCAGGAUUGGGGUCCUCGAAAGAUUCCAAGACAUCUUCACUACAGGCCCUCGUCGGGGCCACGCAAUGGGGAUCGUGAAGUGGCCAGCGGGGCAAGGAGAACAAGAGCUGAAGAGAGGGCUUAUCCGCCUCGUGCAGGAGAUCAGGAGUGCAUCGAUGGCAUCGAAGUCUAUGCCAGUGGGGAAGACCCUCUGGGCAGCGAUCAGUAAAACCAAAAUGGAGCGACUUCGAGCGGGUCAUGCUGGAAAAACAAAGCGGCUGAUCUUGGAAACGAACCCAUCGGAGAAGCACGCCAUGGAUGUCGAAUGGGGAGCAGGCUCUGUGUGGAUGCGAGGGCAACUUAUCUCAAGCGCCACCAGGCCCUCGCCAAAAGGAGCAGAGACGCACAAAGGAAGGGCCCCUGGCGCAUGGAUCGACAUCGGGCAGAUCUCGAGAGCACUUGGUGUGGCGGGGGAUGGGCUUGCUGAGCGCUGGGAACUGUUCGCCCGGAAAGCAGCCCCGGAGGGGGGUGAAGUUGCCUUUGUGUCUUGGAACAUCGGUGGCAAGACGGUCGAAACGGCUGAGUUACCUCGACUUGCACCGGGGUGGCACACCACGAAGCAUGAGAACAAGACGCUGAUCCAGUACAGGGAGGAAGACCAAUGGCGAGGGAACGGCAUCAUGUUCUCCCCGACCGAGUACACCUGCCUCCGCAGGAAGGCCAACAGUGUGGGAGUGUGGGCUCGCCUUAGGCAAAUCAGCACUGGCUCACAGUUCUGGGUGUGCUCCGCUCGAAUGAGCACUGGAGUAUCGGAUGCUCAAACAGCAGAAGAAGCACACGAUGUGUUGUCACUGCGGCCCCCCACUGCACUGCCGAGUGUCAUACUAGCUGACUUCAAUACCCAGCUGAAGUGGACCAGAGCAGCUGGAGAGAGAGGUCAGAUCAUGCCCACGACAGGCAGAGCGGACUACCUGCAAUCUGAACUUGAACGCAGGCGGUACCACAUGCACCCUCCGGGGGCUGCACAGUGGGACACUCCCACGAGCCGCCCAAGACGGAGAGGGGUGAGAGGCAGGCAAAUAGAUGGAGUGGCCUCUUGCGGGACCAGACGGGCAGAAGUACACAUCGCUGAAGGAUCAUACAAGGAGAUCGGGGGAGACCAUGACAGAGUGCAUGCCACCAUGAACCUAGGCCCCCGACCGCCCCCUGACCACCAGAGUACCACCAAACCCCGGGCCGUGAUAGGUGAGAUCCCCGUACAGCUUUGCCUCAAUCAAACCCGCAUUCAGCAGCUGGCAGAGGCUUUCACACAGCCGCGUAAAGGGCAGCGAUACAGGGACCCCGCGGAGGUGAAGAGCGCCUUUCGGACAGCCAGGCUGCUUGGUACCGAGCAGGCGUGGAAGAGUGCACAACAAGCUCGCAGGAAAGCCCGGGAUGAGUGGCUCCAGGCCAAGGUCCAUCGAGCAAGCCAAGGGAGCUGGAAAGACAUGAAAGAGCUGAAGGACACCGCCGGGGCAGAAUGGGCAGUGCACCUCACAGAGGAAGCCUAUGCUCAGAACAAAGAUCCCCUCCGGUGGACCACCAAGCAUUUUUCUGACCUCUUCAAGGCUGCAAGUGCAGAUAAUGUCUCGGUUCAGUGGGAACAAGGCCAUAGUAAUGGCGCUCCCUUCAGUGUGGAAGAGUUGCGGGAAGUAGUGAGGAAGGGCAGGACUGGAAAAGCGGUGGGGCUGGACCUCACGUCCUACGAGCUGCUCAAAGAAUUGUGCAAGGACCCUACAUCGGAACAGUCGCUCCUGAUGUGGAUGGAGUCGGUCCGUGUGGGGGCCACAAUUCCGGAAGCGUGGCUGACCACCAUAAUCACGCUACUACCCAAAAAGACCAAGCCAGAGUCGCCGUCAGACCUCCGACCGAUCAGCCUCAGCUCGGCGGUUGGCAAAGUGUAUGGAGGACUGUUGUUGAGUCGAACAAGAAGGGCCCUCCUUCCCCGAGGCCCGGAGCAGUGUGCUCUGGGAGGAAGGCAGACCUCAGAUUACCUUUUCACAGUGAUGAAAACUUUUGCCUUGGAAACUGAGUGGCGAUUUGGACUGAGCUGGCUCAAGCUCGAUAUCAACAAAGCCUACGACUCCAUUCACAGGUGGAAGGUCCUUGAGUACCUGAGGGAUAACCUCCCCCCCCGACAUGUGGAGGGAGUUCGAGGCGUGGAAGCAGCUCUUGGAGCCCGGGAAGGCGCAGCUUAG